AUGAGAAAGGGGCCUUCGUUACAGCACUUCAUCAUUCGAGCAGAGCUGAUACAAGCUUAUCGAUCAGCCGUACGAGCUACCAGGCCGUUACCAGAUCCACAAACGCGUAGAGAGACUUUAGAUUACCUUCGAUCAGAUUUAGAGCGUCUAAAGGGAGAAUUGGAUUUGAAUAAAUUGAAAUCCAAUUUAUCACAUUUCAAUCGAACUGUUAAACAGAUGUUACCUUCCAUAGGUUUAAAUGGGUUGACACAAGGUCAGAGUGGAUCAAGGUUGAUAGGUCAGAAAAAGUCUCUAAAAGAUCUAGUGUCAUGA